CUUCCGGCUUCCGGCGCGGCGCUUCCGGGUCCGGGUGCGGGUCCGGGCGCGGCCGGGGGCCGGGGGCCGCGGGGCCCUCGCCAUGCGCUACAACGAGCGGGAGCUGCUGAGCCUGGCCCGGCAGCCCGCGGAGAAGGCGGCCGAGGUCCUGAUGCGGGUGCCCAAGAAGGGCAGCGUGCUAAAGAAACGCCUCGUGAAGCUCGUUGUCAACUUUCUCUUCUACUUUCGGACAGAUGAAGCGGAGCCCAUUGGAGCUCUGCUGCUGGAGCACUGCAGGAUCACUAAAGAAGAGGAGAACGUCUUCUCGAUCAGUUUCAUUGAGGAGCCAGAGAGGAAGUACUGCUUUGAAUGUGACAGCGAAGAGCAGUGUCAGGAGUGGAUUGAGGCACUCAAGCGAGCCAGCUAUGAGUUCAUGAGGAGAAGCUUGAUUUUCUACCGGAAUGAGAUCCAGAAAAUGACAGGGAAGGACCCCCUGGAGCAGUACGGGAUCUCUGAGGAAGCCCGCUUCCAGCUGGCAACACGCAAGCAAUAAACCCCACGCUUGGGCUGAACUGGCUCUGGCCACAGGCUCUCCCUGCAGAGUCAAACCCGAGCUCCCCCAGGAGGAACAGCAACCCUUCCAUUCGGUGGUGACCAACUGACUUUUUAAUUUAUUAGCCAAAUAUUUUUUUAUGAUUUUUUUUUUAAAGAUAAUUCAUUGCACAAUCCCACCUCUCCUGCUCUGCCCCAGCCAUGCAGGCAGGCAGAGUCUAACUUCUCAGUGCAGACUGUGACCUUGGGCUGGCUGCUGCUGCAGCGGUGGGAGUAAAACCACCAUGGCUCCAAGCAGGAGCAGAGGGGGCAGGGACUGAACAGAGAGCUUGAGCACUUGCCUUCCUCCAGCAAGGGCUCAUGUCUCUCUCACCAGGAGCUUCUGGAGCAGGCUCUGAGCCCUCUCUUGCUUCCUCCCUGUCCCUCUCCUGCAGGGAGCUACUCAGCUUUUCUGGCUCAGGAUCUUCCCGCAGUCUCCAACGGAGCCAUCAGGAGUUGUUCAUCAUUUUACCAUAACAGGAUGCUCCAGCUGAUUGCAUUUCUGUGCUUGCAGGGUUAACCCUGCUAUCCUCCUUCUGCUCACUGCAAAGCCAUUUCAGUUCAGCAGGGAGGGGGAAGCCUUCUAGUUAUACAGGGAGCAGCCCAGGAACAGCAACAGCUAAUGGGGAAGGGGCACCCACCCCCUGUGUCAAGGCAACAGUGUUUGCAGGCACUAGCACCUGCCUUUUGGGGUUGUGUUCUUUUUGUCCUUUCUCUAGCCAGGUGGUACUAAUUUCUAGAGGAUUGAUGAAGCCCAUGGCACAGACAAUUACAGUGCUCUCACAAAUGAGGUGGAGAACAAAGCUGUAAAGCACAAGGGAGCAAAAACAGGGCUGAGAAAUAUCUGUUAUGAUCCUGUCUCCCUCUGCAGUACUGGGGGCUGGGCUAAGCUGUGCCAUUUCUCAGCUUCCCAAAGAGGAAAGGCAGCUGGAGAGACUUGUAAAGACAAGAACUGCUACGUGCACUUUGGCUGCAUGUUUGAGCUUCAGGGUAUGCAGAAGGUAAGCCCAGAGAGUGUAGGACAGCUGUACAUUAGCACUCCAUUCCCUGACACUCUGCUGCAGCUUUUCACCCCUUUGUGAGCUGCUACAGGGAAAGAUCCAAACAACUGCACCUGCCAGGGUCACAGCAAGCUGCCAGGGAGCAAGGGCUGCUGCUGCAGGGACUCCUGUAAUGAAGAUCCCUUUAGCAGUAAGGAACAUCUCUCCUCAAGGCUCUGCACUUGCAGCCAGCACCGUGACUGCAAAAAUGAAAACUGCAGCCAGAGGUGGAGGCCAGAAGGUGCUUGCCACACGUGCCCAGAGCUUCAAGACCCCUCUUUCAUCACACUCCACUCUACGAGGUGGCUCCUGCAGCAGCUCCACUGGACAGUCCCACAACGAAAGGCCCUAUGGAAAGUCCCAGCAAGCAUUUUCAGAUGGCUGAUGACAGAAGGAACUUUACUCACCCCUGGGGCAGGUAAAUGCAGCAAGAGGUUUCCAGUAGCACAGCACAAGGGGUGUGCAGGUUUUGGUGUUUUUUUCCACCUGGCUAGCAGGAAAGUUCUUUGCAAUUAAACAGUACAUGGUAAAUGAGGUAGGGAGCGAGCAGCCUGUGCUCUGAGUGAGGUUUGGUAGGAAGUUUUGGGUCUCUUUGGGAAUUAAUGCAGACACAAAAGCCAAUACUAAAAGCUUUAGUAGCCUGGCCUUCCCUCUUUACCUCAAGCUGCUGGGUACCAGGAGAGCGGCAGAUGUCACUGAUGCUUUAUUUUUAACCUCAAGCCCAAGGUUUUCCUUUCCCUUCCCAGAUAUCCCCUUUCCCUGCACUGGUUCCAGGUGCUAACUCCAGCAAUUACCAAAAAUAAGCAGUGGGCAGCUGUCUUGUUCAGUAAGCUGAGGGCAUACAGGGUAGAAGCAGAAAAUAGGGCAGGUUUGAAGACAGAUGGCAACUCUCAUGGAAGCAGCAGCAAGGGAUUAAGAGCAGGAACAAGCUUGUGCUUUAGGGAAUUAGUGUCCUCAGAUGACUUUGAAGUGCAUUUUCAUCCUCAUGAGCCUACUCUGCUUUACCUCAGCGCAGGGGCACACUGGUGGGGUACACAGCAGCCUUACUUACUGUGAUAGCAAAGCCUCGUCCAUCUGGUCGCUUGCUACAGGCCAAUGUACACGCCGGAGCUGCACUGCAGCCUGGAGUCCCCUCUGCAGCUCUGGCUGAGCAGAGCAGAGGAGGUACCACAGCUCUCCAGAUUCAGCCUCAGGUCACCAGGAGUGACCCAGGCUGCAGGCAAGAGAGGUUUCCGAGCUCAUUUUCCCCCCAGGUUCGGCAUUAGUGAAUGCUUCGAUAUGCAAAGUCAGCAGUCGUAUAAACAAAAGCUGGGAAUUCUGCCAACAUUCAGUCAUUUAUAGCAAACAAUUCCAGUGCUAUUGUGAGGUUCACUGUUCCUGCCUGCCACCCUCAGUAGCUAACACUUCUCUACCGUGUGCCUUCCCAGACUAUCACUAGUUUCUUCUCCACACACCUUGCAGAAGGUAGAUGUGACACCCACCAUCUUCACUGUACAUAAAAAUGGGCAUUUUAUUUAGAUGUUCUGGGGAACAGUUGGGUGCACAAGUGAUAAUCCCAACACUUAUUUAAGAGGCAACAAUGACAUUUCCUAAGUGAAUGUAAGACAAAUGCUGUGAAGAGCUGCAUGGGCCUGUGCAGGCCCUGUAACUUAAUUAGCUAGAUCAAUGGUUAGAGUAGUGCUAGGACACUGGGAUAGACGUCAGGAGUAAGGGAAGAUGGUACUUCCAGACACUUUAGAGAUCCGCAUCCGCUGCUCUUGAUUUAUAGACAACUGUUCAUUUUUCAUAAUCUGUUCACUAUGCUUUUUGUAUUCCAGGGGCCUGCUCCACUGUUCAUUGGGUACAGGCUCCUUGACAGUGUACUGAAGCUGUUUAUCUGUUGUACAAUGAACAUUUCCAAUAAAAACUUGUUUUAAUCAUUA